AUGGACUACACGAAUGCCGCAUACUUCCCUGGCGCUCCGCCAUACCAGUUUAUGGGGGCGCACGCUGGCAUCCCUCCUCUCACGCCGGCACCCACCAACUCGGUAGCCUCCGUCGCCUCGGACGAGUUCACUACCACGUCGUCGCCGGAAGUCUAUGACCAGUUCACCGCCCACGGCCUGCCACCUCAGGAACAACAAUUACCCAAUUUUAAUGCGGGUUAUGCCCCCUUCAAUCCCACCCAGCCCUUUCCAGGACCCCCAACACCGCCUGGCCAGCAUCCCGCCGCCGCCGUUGGAGCGGCGGGUGUCGUGCAUCCGGUUGGCAACGUCAACGGCGUCAACGGUGCCGUCCACCACCCUGCCGGACCCACCUCCGGCAUCCUGGCUGCCGUUCCUAAGAAGGAGAUAGAUGAGCAGCAGGCCUCGAGCCGAAAGCAGGGCUCCUCGGAUGAGGAUCUUACCCCGGCACAGUCCCGGCGGAAAGCGCAGAACCGUGCAGCCCAACGAGCCUUCCGCGAGCGCAAAGAACGCCACGUCAAAGACCUCGAAAACCGCGUCCAACAGCUCGAACAAGCCCAGCAAGAAGCCCUCUCCGAAAACGAGCGCCUCAAGCGCGACCUGCAAAAGAUCAGCACCGAGAACGAGAUCCUCAAAGCCACCACCUCCAUGGUGGCCGCGAGCGCAGGCUCGCCGAACUCCAACGCCGCCCCGACCACCACGGGACCUAUGCAGUACUCCCCGACAGAUUUCUAUUCUAACGUGCUUCAGAGCCAUGCGAACAAGACGCCUAGUCAUCGGAUUGUGCUGAGCGAGAACGGUGAGAGGUUGCUGGCUGCGGGCGCGACGUGGGAGUUUAUCAUCAAUCAUGAGCUGUUUAAGAAGGGGUUGGUGGAUCUGGCAAAGGUGAGUGAGAUUCUGAGGCCGCAGGCGAAGUGUGAUGGGCAGGGGCCCGUGUUUGAGGAGAGGGCGAUUGUGGAGGCCAUUCAGCAGAGUGUGGCGAGUGGGAGCGAUGAGUUGCUAUGA